GCGUUAAGGCUUUCGGCGUCCUGGUGGCGAGUCUUCAGCUGAUCACAUCUACGGAUCCCCCGGCUGGCACUAUAUACUGCUCCCCUCUAGAGAGCCAAGGGAGAGGCAGUGCCUGUGUGGGACUGCGGAACUCUGCGGCACCCAGGUACUUUGAGGAGGGACUUGGCUCUUAGCAUUGUGCCCGACUGGCAUAUCCUAACUUGGAAAUAAUUUGGAAGCACACUAUGAAAGCAUUUGUCGUUGGAAUUAGUGGUGUAACAAAUGGUGGGAAGACAACCCUGGCCAAAAAACUCCAAAACCAGCUCCCAAAUUGCAGCGUGAUCUCACAGGAUGAUUAUUUUAAGCCAGAGUCUGAGAUCAAGAUUGAUGAGAAUGGAUUUCUGCAGUAUGAUGAACUUGAAGCUCUCAAUAUGGAAACACUGAUGUCUGCUGUCUACUCCUGGAUAAAAAACCCCCCAAAUUCCCUAGAAACAGACGACUUGGAAAGUGCUGAGGAAAUCCCUAUUUUAAUCAUUGAAGGUUUCCUUCUGUAUAAUUAUAAGCCUCUUGAUACUGUAUGGAAUAAAAGCUAUUUUUUGACCAUUCCAUAUGAAGAGUGCAAACGAAGAAGAAGCACCAGGGUCUAUGAACCACCAGAUCCUCCAGGAUACUUUGAUGGGCAUGUGUGGCCAAUGUAUUUAAAACACAGAAGAGAAAUAGAAGACAUCAAAAGGAAUAUAGUUUAUUUAGAUGGGACAAAAUCUGAGGAAGACCUUUUUUCACGGGUCUAUAAUGACCUGAUAGAAGAACGAGAAAAACAGAAAUGUCUGCAGAUAACUCCCAAGGUACCUUCCAACUCAACAUCUAGGAUCCUAUGAAUAACAUCAAAAUCGGGGAUUCAUCAGAGUUCUUUUUAAUAUGGAUCAGAAAAAUCUAAAAAACGCUAUUCAGUCACAUAACCAAGAGAAUGAUAAUAUGGUCACCACUAGAGUGUAAAAGAAAAAAUUCUAGAUGAUUUCAGAUUACUAAAAUGACCAGUCUUGGUUCCAGAAGACUGAUGUUGAAAUAUGCUUUUCUUAUCUUGGCAGAGAGAUGAUGGAUUAAAGGUAUGGAAAGCUGCAUAUCUGUAAAUGCCAUUAACUGAUGGUUAGUGUGUUGGGGGUCAAAGGAUGGGAAAGGCCUUGCUCAACAUGUUUUUUUUUUUUUUUUUUUAAUGAGAGUAUUUAUAUGGGAGUAUUAAGAAAUGACAAUGAUGUAGGAAAAAAUUAAAAUCAUCAAUAGAAUAUUGAAAGAGAGUGAACCAAAAUUAUUUUUAUUCUAAAAGUUCAGUAUCUUGAUAUUGUCAGCUCCAACUGAGUCUUAGCUCUGAUGGUGUGAAGCACAUAUGAAAAGGAGUUAGCCUCCAAAAGUCUUUAAGCAAAUAAAAGUAUCAUCUUCCACCAUCUGCAUGCACCAAGUCCUCCACAACUUCCCUACUCCCUGCCAUGUGCUCCUGUCUCUGUUUUAAAAGACAUUUCCCUUGUCUUUACUACUCAUUGAAAUCAUCAAUACAAUCACUGUCCCUCAGCUUCAGUGCCAAAAGUCUAGAAAGAAGAAUUUACAUUUGCUAUUUUCUUUGAUUCCUUUCUUUGCAAUCUGACUUCUAUAUUUCUUACUCUACUAAAACAGUUUUUUUCAAGGUUACUAAGGAAUAUAAACUCAAUGGCUCCUUGUAGAUCCUAAUCCUUCUUGACUUUUCUUAUUUGGACAAUUCCUCUUUUUUGAUAGCUGCACUUGCUUCUCCAACACUGGGCUCUCAUUUCUCUGACCAUUUCUGUCCUUUGUCUUUUGUUAGUUUCUUCUCUGGUAUUUUAAUGUAGAUGUCUCCCAAAUGUCUGUCCUUGCCCCUCAUAUUUUCUCUUCCUAUAUUUAAUGAUGUCAUCCAUUCCUCUGUUUUCAUUUACCACCUCUCUAGAUGAAACCCAAACUGUAUUUUUCUCAACCUCUCCCUAAAACUUCUACCUUACAGUCCUAACUUUUGCUAGCUGUCUCUCCUUGGGUAGCUUGGCAGUGCUUUAAAUUCAAAUGUUAAAAGCUGAACUCUUGUUCUCCAAAAUUUAUCCUUCCUCCUUUGUUUUUCUUUGUUUCACUUGAUGGUGUCUCCAUCCUCCUAGUUGCUCAAUUUAAGUAUCUUAAAAUUUAACUCUUUCCUAACAUUAACCCUCACAAUACAUACCCAGUCAUUUGCCACUUUAAUUUUAUCUUCACAAUAUCUGUCUAGCCCAGUCCCUCCUUUCCACUUCUAAACUGCACUUAUUUAUUCUCUUAUUUAUUUUUACUAUUGUAAUAAAUAUUAUAACUAACUUGUCUUCCUGCCUCCAAUCUAUCACUGCUGCUCUGAUAGUUUUCCUCAUACAUCACUCUGAUCGUAUUCUUAAAGCUUCUGCAGUUUCUUUUAUCUAACACCAAAUCAAAUAUAAAUUCCUGUUCCUAGCAUUCAAGUCUCUCCACAAUUUGGUUCCAACCUACACCCACUUUUCAUUAUAGUCUUAUCUUCCAACUAAACUGGUCUAUUUUCUUCCUGCCUUCUCUUAUCUCCAUUGCCUUUGCUCACACAAUUCCUUAUAUCAGCAAUAUCCUAUUUGAAUUUUCACCUAUUUGAUGGAUCCACCUUCAAAACCCAAUUUAGGUGCCUCCUCCGUUUACAAACCUCAAUCCCAAGUGAAAAUGAUGCUUCUCAGAUUUCUCCUACGACUUUGGCUAAACCUGUUUAUUUAUGUUGAUUAUUUGUGUUAAUCAUCUCCCUACUAGAUUUUAAGAAUAAAUUUUGUAUGUCUCCAGCACGUAGCACAAUGUCUGUACACAUUAAGCACUUAAUAAAUAUUUCCUGAAAUUGA